AUGGGUACGGAAACGUUUUCGCUUCCUGAAGGGCCCGCAGAGUUAUCGAGAGCGGUCGUCGAUGCUCUGUUAGCGUUGCGGCGGAUUUCCGAAGCGGUGGCGACGACGACAACACCACCAACAACAACAGCUACAACCACAGGUUCAGGCUCAGCGACGAAACUGCCGGUACCUGCGGCGGGCAGCGACCAGUAUGUGCCUGGGGCUGCUGGUGCUCCCGACGACCGCACCGAACAACCAGUGGAUUCAACACAACCGGGUUCUAGUCUUUCGCGUGUCGUCGAAGCCCAAGAACGGGUAGCGUUCACGUUAGCUGCCUUGCGCUCGCUUCUCUAUGGCGAAGACUGGCUCGAUCGCUCCGCGACCCGGUCGGCAGUUAUAGCGGAUACGUGCAACCGAGAGAAACGCAACGAUCUGGCAGCUACAACGACAACGCCUGCAAACCAAGCGAAAGGAGGGCAAGAUGCGAGCGAACGGCUGUCGACGGAGGCGCUGCAGUCAGUGGUGUACGAUACAGAGCUUUUGGAGCUGCUCGCUUCCUCGCUACCGCUGAUGGAGUUCGAGUCACGCAAAGACGCUGUGGCUGUGUUCCACAAUAUUUUACGACGACAAGCGGAGAACCAACGAAUGCAGGUGCCCACUAGUGUCCUGGAAAGCCUUCUGGUCGACUACGGUCGACCCGAGGUCGCAUUGUCGUGCGGUAUGAUGCUUCGUGAAGCGUUGCGGCACGAGGACUGCGUUCGCAUGCUUUUCUCCUUAGAUACUUUUUGGAUCUUCUUCAGCCUGUUGCAGAUGAGCAACUUCGACGUCGCUAGCGAUGCUUUCACGACACUGCGAGUAGCGCUCACUCGCCAUAAGAAGCUUGCCGCAGAAUUCAUGCUGCAACAUUUCGAUCGUUUCUUCCUCACCGAAUACAACAACCUUCUCCGAUGUGACAAUUACGUCAGCAAGCGACAGGGUCUCAAGCUCUUGAGCGAAUUGCUUCUCGAUCGUUCCAACUUCUACAUCAUGAUCCGGUACGUUGGCAUGGUCGAAAACCUGAAGCUGGUCAUGACGCUGAUGCUGGAUCCUGGAAAGUCGAUUCAGCUGGAGGCCUUCCAUGUCUUCAAGCUGAUUGUAGCGAACCCGAGCAAACCCGUCGAUGUGAAGCGAAUUCUUUUUCGGAAUCGCGACAAGCUUAUUCGUUACUUGAACGCGCUCGGAAGCGAGGCUCCAACUGGUAAUCCGGCAUUCGCGAGCGAGGCCUUCCGCGAGGAUUUGCAGCUCGUGAUCAGCGAGAUCCAGAAACUCCAGCCUGAAACCAAGUCGCCGUAA